AUUGAGAAAGGAGAAUAGAAGAAGAGAAAUGGGUGUAAUGGAGAGAUUAAAAAUGUUCGUAGUCCAAGAACCUGUAGUGGCUGCUUCUUGUCUCAUCGCCGGUUUUGGCCUUUUCCUUCCUGCAGUUGUUAGGCCAAUGCUUGAUACUUUUGAAUCAUCAAAGCAAGUCCCUGCACCUGCUCUAAAUGAUGUGGUUGCUGCUGUGACUGGCAAGGAAGAAUGAUAACCUGUCGGUCAGGUUUUGGCAUUAAUAAGCCCAUUGUAGUCUUAUUUACACCCUUUUCAUUCAUUCUGAUCAGAAAAUGAAAAUAAAGAUCUUCAUUUAUGGAUAACAUUAAAGAUUUUGCGUUGGAGCUGUUUGAAUUCAGAAAUUGCCUCCACUUAUUAGCCAGUCAAUGUAUGUAAGAGGCUUUUAACCAUUAGUAUUGCUUUUGCUAAGCUCCCUUCCUCUGGA